AUGACCCCCAGCAACCAAAUCCAGUUUACUAUGAGCCUGAACAACAUUUUUCUGCAGUUUAUGGAAUUAAUAAAUGCAUUAAUAUCUGAUUUUAAGUCAGCUGUAUUUGUGUUUUUUAUAUUGUCCCUUAGUCUCAGUUACUGGCUCUGUGCCGGGCUCUGCGCAUUAUACUGUGUGACUGUUGUCAGCUUUACAAACCGUUUUAUCACAAGACUGAAGAUGAGACUCCCGGUUCUGGUACCAAAGCUGUUGCUGGUUACAGCCCUGGGGUGUUUCUCAAUCUCUGUCCCCUCCAUUUGGUACUUGAACAUUGUCCCUCAGCCGGAUGUGACCAGGAACCUGACCACCAAUAAUAUUCCUCAUGAUUACCUGCAUUAUCCAGUCUUUCUUCUCGCAUUAGGAGGUAUUGUGCCAUUAAUAAUAAGUUUAACCUGUUUACUUAUCACUGUCACUUCCCUUUUGAGACACGUCUGGAGAAUAAAACUUAAUGCAACCAACAUGAGUGACGCCCAGCUUGAUGCCCAUUACAGAGCGAGUAAGACCAUGGGGAUGUUUGCUACUGUUUUUGUGGUACUGACUGUGGUUUAUGUAACAUAUCUGUCUUUAAACUCAGAUACUAGAAGUGUAGAGAAUAUGAUAUUUGAUUCUUUACGUCAGUUGUUCACAACAGAACUGUCUGUUAUUCUGAUUUUGAGCAGCUACAAACUGAAAAAAGCUCUCUGUAAAAUGUUCCCAUGUGUCCAGUAA